AUGGCUGAUCUGGACGCGGAGUUGCUUGCGCUUGCCGGCGGAGAUGAAUCUUCUGCUGAUGAAAGAUCACCUUCGCCAAAACCAAAAUCUCCAUCUCCACAGCCACAUCAUCUACAACGCAGAAGUAGCUCGCCAGCAGAUAUGGGUAGAAAAGGUACAGCAAAGGUCAUCAAGAAGCCCAGAAAACGGCGCGCCGACUCAGACGAUGAUGGAGAGGUUUCAUCGGCAUCAUCCCGCCACUCUCUACACUCUGCCUCAAUGUCCGAAUCCCAUUCAGAGGGCGGCACUCCGGCCAUCGCAGAUGACAAGGCUAUGUUUCCAUACGAAAAGCUCUACCACAGCGCCAGAGAUAAAUCCGAGAUUGAUGCAUUGCCUGAGAUCAAGCGCGAGGAAAUACUUGCAGAUCGUGCCUCACAGCUCGAGCGUCAUCAACAAGAUCUAGCACUACGCCGUCUGCUAGCAUCACGAGAGAAGGAAGAGGCUAAAGCAAAUGAGAAGAAGAAACGCAAAGCUGGCACAGCAGACCUGGAGGAGAGUCAAAGAAAGAGCUCCAGGCAGCGGACUACCCUUGGUGGCCGAAAAGCUGGAGAGCGGAACGACGCAAUCGAAGCGUACAAGAAGCAACGAGCCGAGAAAGGCUUGCGAGAUGAACAGCGUCGGCGCGAUGCGGCAGCUAGGAAGGAUCGUCAUGGCAAAGGCUCACCAGAGAACGGCUACAGCGACGCUGAUGCCGAAGGAGAGAGCGAGGUCGAAUGGAACGACAAAAAGUACAAGGAUAGAACUCCUUCUCCCGUCAAGGAUGACCCCAUUGCCGAGCUUGCAGACAUACAAAGAGCCAAAGUUGGCAGAGAUAACUUCGCCCAAGUUUGCUAUAAUCCUGGCUUCGAGGAGGCUAUCACGGACUGCUAUGCACGAAUCUGUAUAGGUCCAUCUGAGCGAAAUCCUGGAACGAACGAAUAUCGUCUAGCGCGCAUUAAGGGUUUCACAACUGGCAGACCAUACGCAAUCACAGCACCAAAUGGGCGGCUUAUACCCGUCGAGACAUACGUCAUUGCAGCUCAUGGAAAAGCAGAGAAACCAUGGACAUUCCUCGAGUGCUCUAUGUCCCGCUUUACAGAGGACGAAUGGCGUCGGUACCGCAUCACCAUGGCAAACGAAGACCUCAAACUCCCCAACAAAAGUUUCAUCAACAAAAAGCUCGACCAAAUUAACAAGCUCAUCAACCAUCGAUUCACAGACGCCGAAAUCACAGAGAAGAUUGGUCGUCAGCAGGCCCUCGUUGCGAAAAUCAACCGUGAAGAAGAACGACAACCGAUCGAGGAACGCAGACAAACAGCACUAGCCGCCGGAGACGAUGAAGCAGCUCAGCGAUAUGAAGAAGAGCUGCGUGAUAUUGUUCCAAUGAAACUCGCACUUGGCACCACUCUCGUCAAACAAGAAGCCACAUACGUCAAUAAAGAGCAAGAGCGUCUUGCAGAGCUGAAUCGUCGAAAUCAACGGAUCAACUCGGAGAACGUGCGCAAAGCCCAGCUCGCCGAGAUGCGCACCAAGAAGAAGAACCUCAAUCCUAAUCCCAAAGUCAAAGGCAUAGAAGAACUCUUUGAAGGAGGAAGCGAUUUGAGUAGGUCCGGCACACCAGUCAACGGUGUCAGCACGCCUCCACUCAAACGUGCUGGCACACCACUGAAUGACCCGGUUACGAAUGGCACAGCAAGCCCAGCGAAUGGCGGAACACCCAAGGGGCACAUCAAUACAUUUAAGCCAGUUUCGAAGGACAAAAAGGGUCUGCCUGUGAUCAAGAAGGCGCUUCUGGAAGAGGAGAUGAUGAAGCAGACGGUUAUGGACCUCGGUAUUGACAUUGAGAUCUGA